UCUCCCCGACUCAUCAUCCCUGUAACUCUAUCAGAGAGCUCAAACAAUCUUAUAUCGAGAGAGAAAGAUGUUCAGUUUAUACAAUAUCUAAGCUAUAGAGAGAAAAAAAGAGAGAUUAUAGGUAGAAUAACUUAGUUUGAUUCAGAGUAUUAUCGAUCAUCAGAGAAGUGAUGGGUGAAAAAGAGGGAGAAGAGAGAAAUAUGGGUUUUCAGUGGGAGGGAUAGAGUGGAGAGGAAGAAAAAAGGGUUCACUGUUUCGAAUUUCGGUACUCAGAAUUGUGAUCCGCCCAUAAAAGUUGGAAAUUUUUGGAAGAUCUGUUUAUGGGUGUGGGGUUUUUGAUUUGGGUUGUUUGUUGAUUCUUCCCUGAACGACGAAAUGGCUGGAAACGAAGAGAUUAAUCUCAGUGAAUCGAUGACUGUGGUUCCAUUGAAUACAUGGGUACUCAUUUCCAAUUUCAAACUGUCUUACAAUCUUCUCCGUAGACCAGAUGGAACCUUCAACCGUCAUUUAGCAGAAUUCCUUGACCGAAAAGUAACCGCCAACGCAAAUCCAGUCGACGGGGUUCUCUCGUUCGAUGUGAUCAUGAACCGGGAAACAAGCCUUCUCAGUCGAAUCUAUCGCCCUGCCCCGGUCGAUGAAGGUAUACCUAGUAUAAUAGAACUUGAGAAGCCUUUGGGCAGAGAAAUUCUACCUGUAAUAAUCUUCUUCCAUGGAGGAAGCUUCGUUCAUUCAUCUGCAAACACAGCAAUUUACGACACUCUAUGUCGUAGGCUAGUGGGUAAUUGUAAGGCAGUUGUGGUAUCGGUAAACUAUCGACGGGCACCUGAAAACUGCUGUCCGUGCGCGUAUGACGAUGGUUGGGCAGCUGUUAAGUGGGUUAACUCGAAAACAUGGCUGCAGAGCGAAAAGGACUCGAAAGUUCAUAUUUAUUUGGUGGGAGAUAGUUCAGGAGGGAAUAUUGUUCAUAAUGUAGCUGCAAGGGCAGUUGAAUCAGGAAUUCGAGUUUUGGGUAAUGUACUUUUGAAUCCGAUGUUUGGUGGGGAAAGGAGAACCGAAUCGGAGAAGAGACUUGAUGGGAAAUAUUUUGUUACCAUUCGUGACCGAGAUUGGUAUUGGAGAGCUUUUCUUCCAGAAGGAGCGGAUAGGGAUCAUCCAGCUUGUAAUCCAUUUGGUCCGAAUGGGAAAUCGCUUGAAGGGAUCGAAUUCUUCCCAAAGAGUCUAGUUGUUGUAGCCGGUUUGGAUCUUGUUCAGGAUUGGCAGUUGGCUUAUGUUGAUGGUUUAAAGAGAAACGGGCAAGAAGUGAAACUUCUUUUCUUGGAGAGGGCAACCGUCGGUUUCUACUUGUUGCCAAAUAACGAUCAUUUCUACACUGUCAUGGACGAGAUUAGUAACUUUGUGAGUUCUUAACUGUCUAUAUUUCAGCUUUACUGACUUGGCACCAAAAAAAAAUAUUGUGGGAUAUCUUCCUUGUGUUUGUUCGCCUAUAAAAGGCAAGUAGUUCGGCUUUUAACUUGCUGAAUUGUGAUGUUGCGUCUCUAUUUGUGUAAGAGCAGCAAAGCUGUGUGGUGGGUAAAAACAAAAUUAGCGUAUAUGAACUAAUUCCUGAUGUUACCCGUUUCUGACAUGGGUGAGUUAGAGAUGGGUAAAUGAUUUUAUGGACUAAUUGUAAGUCAAUGGAUCAAAACCAUCCAUUGUUUUUCUAUGAUGAAUGUAUGGUGUUUAUAAAUAUUAUUACUAUGUUUGAAAGAGUUAAGAUUUGUUAUAUUGUUGUUAUGAUGGAUGAUGAUUGACGAAAUGGUACUUUGGUUUUUAUUGAUAA